CAUCUCGUGGAGAGGGGGCGAGUAAUAGGGAAAAAGUAAGAGGAAUCCGGACGAGCGAGCGGUCAGGGCGCAGAAAGAGGAACGAGGGAAGCCACGAGGACGCUUCCGCCGGCUGGAGUUGCGCAGAAGCACCGGUGCUCGACGACGUCCGUCGCGACGAGGGCUAAGCAGUCGUGAUUCGCGCGGCGUCCGUGUCGGUUCGUGAUUUCCCGCGAUUCGAAGUUCCCCUUUCCUUUAUCUCGUGCCCACUCGACAUCCUCAUUCGACGAUUUUCCGUAAACCCUGUCAAACCUGCUACUGGACAUUAUCCAUUUCCAGAUUGGAGAAUUAUAGUGCAAACGACCUGGGAACCGGAAGUCCAGGGUGCAGCUGUGUUGGACCAGUCGGUGAAAUUGGAUUGGAAGUGAAAAAGUAUCAGAUUGAAACAGGGGCGCGAGUUUGGAAGUCGAAAGAAGUUGGGAUUGGAAGCAGAUUGAAGCUAAUUGAUCAGAACAAAGGGAAGUCGAAGAAAUUUAGGGAAACUAAGAUCGGGGUUGAAUCAGAGGUAAUUGGUGGGGACAAAGCCUCCAGAAGUCUGGAAAUUGAGCAAGUCGAAGAAGUUCCCUGAGAUUAUGCUUGGAAUCUGUGGAACUGGUUAUUGCUUGGACAGGGUCUGGGAAAUAGGAAGCAGCUCAGUGUGACAGUUAGAAACUUGGAAGAAGAACGAAGUCCUGAGAUAUCAUCUGACAGGAAUCGAGGAAGAGUUUCUAUAGAAGCUUUCAACAGUUUCUGCAAGCUAAUCUCCAUUAAGCCAGGUGCAACGUGGAUCCAAUAAAGGCAAAGUAAACUGCACGAGGAAGUGCACUUGAGGAAGCCUGUCUGUUCAAGGAGAGCAACCGAUCAGUCACCUGGUUCGACACAAUUUCCAGUGUUCCAUCGGAAAAUUAGAACCUUAUUCCACCUCUAACAUCCAGUUCAGACGAUGUAACCAGUCCUAAGCCGCAGACGAGGUUAACAGCACCAUCAACCCAAAGUAUGCUGACGAAAAAACUACCAAGCAAUCACGUGGAAUGACCCAUCCAACAUGGAUCACCUAGCAGCCACCUCGUCGAUAGACCUGAACCACUCUAACCCAGUUUCCUCGAUUCUCCAGAGCUACCUACAAAACUUGACCACUGUGCACAACGACACGGACACUUUCGUGGAUGUGUUCCCAGCUAGUAAUCCUCCCAGAGACUCGUUGUAUAUCGUGGUACCCGUCACCAUCAUCUACGUGCUUGUCUUUGUGACAGGCAUCAUCGGAAACAUCAGCACGUGCAUUGUGAUAGCGCGCAACAAGUCGAUGCACACAGCCACCAACUAUUAUCUGUUCAGCCUAGCAAUCUCGGACCUGUUGCUGCUGGUCUCUGGUCUCCCAGCUGAGAUCUACCUGGUCUGGUGCAAGUACCCUUACGUCUUCGGCGAAGGCUUCUGCAUCCUGCGUGGCUUGACAGCCGAGACCUCUACGAACGCCUCGGUCCUCACUAUCACAGCCUUCACGGCAGAGAGGUACCUGGCGAUCUGUCACCCGUUCCUCUCGCAGACUAUGUCCAAGUUGUCCAGAGCGGUGAAACUGAUCCUGGUAGUGUGGCUAGUGGCUCUGUCAUUCGCGUUGCCUCAGGCAUUACAAUUGGGGGUGGUCUAUCAUCAGCAGAACCCUGACAUGGUGAUGUGUACCGUGAAGAAGGUCCUGCUGCAGCAUUCCUUCGAGCUGUCCACGUUCUUGUUUUUCGUGAUGCCGAUGAGUCUCAUCACGGUGCUGUACGCACUGAUCGGGUUGAAGCUCAGGAAGUCGAAUAUGAUGAAGAGGAGCAGGGGAAGUGGCCAGGGUGGGAGCUGCAGGCACCAUCCAGGCAGGUCGUCGAGGAGAGUGUUAAAGAUGCUUGUUGCAGUGGUAAUAGCAUUUUUUAUUUGCUGGGCACCAUUUCACGUGCAGCGGCUGAUCGCCAUCUACGGAACAAACCCCGACGAUCACAUAACCUCGAACAACAAGAGGAUGGAGUUCCUUUAUAUCCUUAUGACCUACAUAUCCGGUGUAUUCUAUUAUGUGUCCACGACGAUUAACCCAAUUCUAUACAACAUCAUGUCGAACAAAUUUCGCGUGGCGUUCAUGGAAACACUAUCAAGGAGCUGUAGAAUCCCAGGACUGGCAAUUCGCAACGAACAACGUUCCUACUCGAGUCUUUCUCGAUCUCAGCAAAGAGUGGUUAGUGGAUCGAGAAUCGUGGGCACAGCUGGAACAGGAAUUGUUCACGAAAGCAUCGAUUAUUCUGGCAACUCUGGGCACGAGGGCAGCCUAAAGCAGACUACGUCACUGGUCGACCAGCUGGAGGUGGGUUCGACGCGAACUGUCAUCAAGAAGAAAAACAACGAAGAUAUCAAGAGGUUAAAGCCUCUACCCAAGGAGGUUAAACACAAAGGUGACGUUUAUUCGAAGGGUUCGAGAAAAGUGAGAUCGCCUAGAUACGCUACUGUGAAACUAUCGAAUGUGGACGAGUCCGGGAAGAAGUGGUGGCGUGUGCUAAAGUGGUUUCCUGGUUUGAAAUCUUUGAAACUCGCCCGUAGAAAUACAUACACUAUUCCAGAAAAUGGUAGUGUGAGAAGGCCGGAGCUCGUACGAGAAGAGAUUUCAAUGGCUACGUGGAAUGAAAACGAUGAACAGCGACCUGUUUGAAAUAGAGUUUCGAAGGACGGUAAAAUGGCUUAAAAUGAAAUCUCGAAGUAACGAACGACGGUGACGAAGUAUAUUGAGGUUAGAUUGGGAGCUGAAUGUUCCUGUUGGUG